AUGCAACCUAUAAAGAAGAGGAAAUCUAGUGCAAGUGGUUCUAGGCAAUCAUCUGCUUGUUGGGAACACUUUAUUAGAUUACCCGAUGACCUAGUUGAUGCACCCACUGCAGCCUACAAACACUGCCAUAAAAAAUACUUGUGUGACCCUAGGACUCACGACACCACUAAUUUGAACCACCAUAUUUUAAAAUGUCCUAAGAAGCCCCUUGUCGUGUCAACUAACCCCACACAAACUAUUCUAACAUACCCAACUGAAGAUGGUAAAUUGGUUCAAGUUAGCUCUAGAUUUGACAAGAAAGCUUAUAGAAGUGCUUUGUUAGUUUUUGUAGUUCUAGAUAAGCAACCAUUUAGUGCAGUAGAGGGUGAAGGGUUUAAAUUUUAUUCCAAAGUAAUGCAGCCCCAAUUUACCAUCCCAUCUAGGCGUACAGUAGCUAGGGACUGUUUUCAGCUAUACUUGGAUGAAAAACAAAAGUUAAAGGCCUUUUUUAAGUCUGACUGCAAUAGGGUAGCACUUACUACUGAUUGUUGGACUUCUAUACAAAAUCUCAACUACUUGACCCUUACGGCACACUUUGUGGAUAACGAAUGGAAGUAUCAAAAAAGAAUUAUAAGCUUUACCGUAAUUCCAAACUACAAAGGUGAAACUGUAGGUAGGAAGAUUGAAGAAGUGUUAAGGGAUUGGGGAAUUAGGAAUGUGUCAACCAUAACUGUUGAUAGUGCCACUUCAAAUGAUGUUGUUGUGACAUAUCUAAAGAGAAAAAUAACAAAUAUGAAUGGGUUAGUGGGGGAUGGAGAGUGUUUUCAUAUGAGGUGUUCAGCUCACAUUUUGAACUUGGUGGUAAAUGAGGGUUUGAAAGAUAAACAUUUAUCUGUAACUAGUGUUAGAGAUGUUGUUAGAUUUGUUAAGUCCUCCCCUCAUAGGGAAACCAAGUUUAAAGAAUGCAUUAAAUUUGCUGGAAUAACUUGCAAAAAAUUAGUAUGUCUUGAUGUUUCAACUUGUUGGAACAUGACAUAUUUAAUGCUAGAGGUUGCAGAGAAGUUUCAACUCGCUUUUGAAAAGCUUGAGGAUGAAGAGUCGAGCUAUAGGGAGUUCUUUGGAAAAGGUAAUCCCCCUAGUAAUGAUGAUUGGGACAUUUCUAGGGCUUUUAGAGUUUUCCUAAAGUUAUUCUAUAAAGCAACUAAGACUUUUUCCACCUCUUAA